AUGACGAUGCGAGUGCGAAAGAACAAGGAGGGUGCCGAAAACCCCGAGGCCUUCGCCGGUCGUGAACUGCGGACAGUCUGCCCAAUGGGAGGCCGGUGCAAGAUCGAGGGCGCCGGUCGUGGCAAGUGCCCGCACUGUCGCUUUCGCAAGUGCCUCGACCUCGGCAUGAGUUUAACCCGUGAGUGUUCACUUUUUACUUACUCCACAACCGACUUCCCUCCAUCAGCCGUUGACAACGUUCGACUGUCCGUUUAA